AUGGCCAGCAACGCCGCCUGCAUAUUCUGCAAGAUCAUCAAGGGCGAGAUCCCCAGCCUGAAGCUCUUUGAGAGCGACAAGACGCUCGCCUUCUUGGACGUCGGCCCGUUAAGCAAGGGUCAUGCUCUUGUGAUCCCCAAGUACCACGGCGCAAAGCUGCUGGACAUUCCCGACGACCACCUCGGUGAAAUCUUGCCCGUAGCCAAGAAGAUCGCCAACGCGUCAGGUGCCACAGACUAUAACAUCCUCCAGAACAACGGCCGGAUCGCACACCAGGUUGUCGACCACGUGCACUUCCACUUCAUCCCUAAGCCCAACGAGACAGAGGGACUUGGUAUUGGCUGGCCCACGACGAAGCCGGACAUGGAUGCUCUGAAGAAAUUGUCUGAGGAACUCAAGGCCAAGAUGUAG